AUGGAAUUGGUGGAUGUUAUUCUUUGGAAUUUAUGGAAUAAUCGGAAUGGAGCGAUCUUUGAUAGGCCCUACAAAGAUCCUCUUAGCUUGGUCUUCCUAUCCAUAGCAUUCCUGGAUCAAUUCCAUGAAGCAAAUUCCAAAGAUAAGUUCAAUACGCCUACCUCUCUUCAAUCAAGGUUAUCAAUAGGUCAUUGGAUACGACCCAAUGCAGGUUUUGUUAAGGCAAACUUUGAUGGAGCUGUGUUUAUGGAUGAUAAAUCAUCAGGGGUUGGUGUUAUUAUCCGAGAUGAUAAAGGAAGUUUCAUUGCUGACCUUUCCAAAAAAAUUCUUGGGAUAUUGGAACCAAAUGUGGUUGAGUCAUAUGCGGCCAAACAUGCUAUUCAAUUACUACAUGAUUUGAGUUUCAAUAAGAUUGUUUUGGAACGAGAUUCACAGAAGUCAUCAAAAUGUUGA